AUUAAAGAGAUGAUGUGAAUAGCUAGUGGACAAUGACUCGGAUGAUUUACAUGUUGCGAUAGAACUUGCAGUGAGGAUUAACCGUAUAUAUAUAAAUAAAAUGUAUAUACACGCAAAGACGGGUCAUACAAAAUUAAGUAUCUAUACCGCGCGCUAGAUCGAUCCACAAACAAUGGAGGACAGCAACGUUAUGGUCCUCGCGGUGGGCGUGGCCAUGCUGCUCCUCGUCGUCUCCAAGCUCGGAUCUCUGCUGAUCACCAAGAACAAGAAGUCGAAGCUCAACCUUCCCCCGGGGCCAUGGACGCUACCGUUGAUCGGCAGCGUCCACCACCUGGUGGGCAACCCAGUGAUCCACCGGGGGCUGCGCGACCUCUCACGCAAGCACGGCCCGCUGAUGAUGCUCCGGCUGGGCGAGGAGCCCACGCUGGUGGUGUCGUCGGCGGAGGCGGCGGAGGCGGUGACGAAGAUGCACGACAUCGCGUUCGCCGACCGGUACGUGAACACCACCCUGGCGGUGCUCACCUUCAACGGCACGGACUUCGCGUUCGGGGCCUACGGCGAGCGGUGGCGCCAGCUCCGCAAGAUCUGCGUGCUGGAGCUGCUGAGCGCCGCGCGGGUGCGGUCGUUCCGGUGCGUCCGCGAGGAGGAGGUGGCGCGGUUCGUGGGGAGCCUCGCCGCGUCCGCGUCCGCGAACGCCGGCGCCGCGGUGGACAUGACCAAGAUGAUCUCGAGGCUCAUGAACGACACCUUCGUGAGGGAGUCCAUCGGCAGCCGGUACGAGCACCAGGACGAGUACCUGGACGCCCUGGCCACCGCGAUCCGGCAGACGUCGGUGCUCACGGUCGCCGACCUCUUCCCGUCGUCGAGGCUGAUGCAGAUGCUCGGCACCGCUCCGCGCAAGGCGCUCGCCUGCCGCAACAGGAUCGCGCGUAUCCUGAACGGGAUCAUCCGCGAAAAGAAGGAGGCCAUGGCCAUGGACGACCGCGGUGACAAGCAGGCGGCGGCGGCGGCGCACGAUGAUGGCUUUCUCGGUGUCCUGCUCAGGCUCCAGAAAGAGGACACCUUGCCCAUCCCGCUCACCAACGACACCAUCCUCGCGCUCAUGUUUGAUUUGUUUGGCGCGGGCAGCGACACCUCGUCCACGACGCUCAACUGGUGCAUGACGGAGCUGGUCCGGCACCCGGCGGCGAUGAGCAGAGCGCAAGCCGAGGUCCGGGAGGCCUUCAAGGGGAGGAAGAAGAAGAAGAGCGCACUCACCGAGGACGACCUCGCCGCGGCGGAGCUGGGACUGGGCUACCUGAAGCUCGUGGUCAAGGAGACUCUGAGGCUGCACAGCCCGGUGCCGCUCCUGCUCCCGCGCCGGUGCAGGGAGACGGUCCAGGUGAUGGGCUACGACGUGCCCAAGGGCACGGCCGUGUUCGUCAACGUGUGGGCGGUGUGCCGGGACCCCAAGUACUGGGACGACGACGCCGAGGAGUUCAGGCCGGAGCGGUUCGAGGGAGGGAAGAAGAGCAGUGGCGUGGACUUCAAAGGGACGAACUACGAGUUCCUCCCGUUCGGGUCCGGCCGCCGCAUGUGCCCGGGCGUCAACCUCGGGCUCGCCAACAUCGAGCUCGUGCUGGCCAGCCUCCUCUACCACUUCGACUGGAAACUGCCCACCGGAAUGGAACCCGAGGACGUCGAUACUGGGGAGGCUCCAGGACUGAUCCUAAAGAAGAAAACAGGACUCGUCUUGCACCCCAUCAUCCGCUUUGCACCAAGCUAGCUAGCUAGAGUGCGUAAAAAUUAAAAUGCUGCGCCAAACAUGCAUUAUAGGAACAAUAUGUGCAGGCGCGCUAGCUGUGGACAAUAUGGGAAGACUAAGAACGAAUGUGGGUGUUCAACAAGAAGGUGUUGUGUCUUCAACAAUGGUGAUCGGCAUUGACGAUGCUGAUUAAGAUCGACCUGGCGGCCCCUUCGUUCUGAAGCCAAAUUAAAGCUGAGGCCCUGAUGAUCAACCUGCUCUCAACGAGUGCUUUUUAAGUAGUUGUGAUGUCUUCGGAGUGAUGAUGUUUGUUCUAGUACUUGGUUAGUUGAGUUGUUAGAUAGUGAGUUGCUUGCUGAAUGUUAUUAGUUGAUGUCUCUGUUCAUUAAUAAACUGUAAAAUUGGUAACU